GGACCGACCCCGCUGCUGGCGGCCGCGCCUCUGAGGUCUCUAUCAAUAUCAGCGCAUAUCACUGAAAAGAAAAUUUUUGAAGAUAUGUUUUGCUGAAAAGACAACCAAGAAAAAUUUUACGAAUGGGAUGAACACGCACCAGUUAAUUGACUACCUACUGCAAUUUGAAUGUUAACAUUACUCGCCUGGUACAGUUACUUAGUGAUGUACCUAUUCUCACAAUACCCUAUUCCAGUGUGCUUGUCUUGAUUAAAGAAUUCAAAGUGGAGUACCGCAAACUUGAUAUGGAUAAUAAAAAGAAAGACAAGGACAAAUCAGAUGAUAGAAUGGCACGACCUAGUGGUCGGUCGGGACACAAUACUCGAGGAACUGGGUCUUCAUCCUCUGGAGUUUUAAUGGUUGGACCUAACUUUAGAGUUGGGAAAAAAAUUGGAUGUGGCAAUUUUGGAGAAUUACGAUUAGGGAAAAAUUUAUACACAAAUGAAUAUGUGGCAAUUAAACUGGAACCCAUGAAAUCCAGAGCACCACAGCUACAUUUGGAAUAUAGAUUCUACAAGCAGUUAGGAUCUGGAGAUGGUAUACCUCAAGUUUACUAUUUUGGCCCUUGUGGUAAAUACAAUGCUAUGGUGCUAGAACUGCUGGGACCUAGUUUGGAAGAUUUGUUUGAUUUGUGUGACCGAACAUUUUCUCUUAAAACAGUUCUCAUGAUAGCUAUCCAACUGAUUUCUCGCAUGGAAUAUGUUCAUUCAAAGAACUUGAUAUACAGAGAUGUAAAACCUGAGAACUUCUUAAUAGGACGACCAGGAAAUAAAACCCAGCAAGUUAUUCAUAUUAUAGAUUUUGGUUUGGCAAAGGAAUAUAUUGAUCCAGAGACAAAGAAACACAUACCAUACAGAGAACACAAGAGCCUUACGGGAACAGCUAGAUAUAUGAGCAUAAAUACACAUUUAGGAAAAGAACAAAGUAGAAGAGAUGACUUAGAAGCAUUAGGUCAUAUGUUCAUGUAUUUUCUUAGAGGCAGUCUUCCUUGGCAAGGUUUAAAGGCUGACACGUUAAAAGAGAGGUAUCAGAAAAUUGGAGAUACAAAACGAGCCACACCAAUAGAAGUGUUAUGCGAAAAUUUUCCAGAAGAAAUGGCAACAUACCUUCGUUAUGUAAGAAGGCUAGAUUUUUUUGAAAAACCGGACUAUGACUACCUAAGAAAGCUUUUUACUGACUUGUUUGAUCGAAAAGGAUAUAUGUUUGAUUAUGAAUAUGACUGGAUGGGUAAACAGUUGCCUACUCCAGUGGGGGCAGUUCAGCAAGAUCCUGCUCUGUCAUCAAACAGAGAAGCACAUCAACACAGAGAUAAGAUGCAACAAUCCAAAAACCAGUCGGCAGACCACAGGGCAGCUUGGGACUCCCAGCAGGCAAAUCCCCACCAUUUGAGAGCUCACCUUGCAGCAGACAGACAUGGUGGCUCGGUACAGGUUGUAAGUUCUACAAAUGGCGAGUUAAACACAGAUGACCCUACUGCAGGACGUUCAAAUGCACCCAUCACAGCCCCUACGGAAGUAGAAGUGAUGGAUGAAACCAACUGCCAGAAAGUGUUGAACAUGUGGUGCUGCUGUUUUUUCAAACGAAGGAAAAGGAAAACCAUACAGCGCCACAAAUGACUCUGGACACAGACAGAUCAUGGGGAGUUACUUCUGUGUUCACCUUCUGUCCUGUGAUGGAAAUCAUCUCUGUAGUGACCACAUACAUUUUCAAGGACUCACUCUUAGAAACAAAAAUGUCAUACCUUCAUACUUCAUUUUGCGGUUGUCUUACAUUCAUAUUUUUUUCUAAUUUAACUUUUAUGGAAGCUUUAAAGUUUUGUCAAAACAUGAGUGCUUUGCCCAUGAGUGAAUGGAAUGGACCAAUGAGGUAGUCUUGAUAAAAACAGUUCUAUAGAACAUUGUUCAGAGACUCUCCUCCUGUCAUAGAAGGCAGUACAGUAUCUUAAAUGUCAACCAGUUACAGACCUAAUCUGGUUUUUAUAACUUCUGUAAGAGCAUAAUCAAAUGGGAAUUUUCUCCCCAGUGGACAGUGCAACAGAGGAAACAGAGUUGCCCAAAUAUUUAAAGAAGUUAAUCCUUGAGAAGUUCAAUUUUGGUGUGACAUCUGCAUUGGUAUCAGUAUUACUGAUGGUACUGCUAUUCAUGAGUCACGUUAACAUUCUCUCUGAAAUCAUGGUACAGUCACUGCCCAGAGGUACUGAGGAGAAAACUCUGUGGGUUUGGCAGAUGGUAGUGGGAAAAUGAAUCACAAGUAAUGUGGUUAAUAUGAGCUCUGCUUUUCUUUUUUUAAUUUUAAUUUAUUGUUUUGAGAGAGAGAGAACGGAGAGAG